AUGAGUCUGAAAAGCAAAUAUCUAAUUCCUUCAAAAAGCGACACAGGUGGAACUGGUAACGAAAGCUGCGUUUACCUGUGUGCUAACUCCAUUGGCCUCCAGCCAAGGUCUCUGAAAAAAGCCCUCGACGUCGAACUUGGCAUAUGGGCCACAAAAGGAUCUUUGGGACACAGCACUCAUUACAUUCGUAAUGGGUGGGUUUCGUUGGACGAAGAAGUCUCUCACUAUCUUGCACUAAUUGUUGGUGCGUCUGAUUAUCGAAGUGUGGCAGCUAUGAAUUCCCUAACUACAAAUAUACACAUGAUGCUGAGUUCCUUCUAUCAACCCACAGAAAACAGAUUUGUCGUUCUGAUGGAGGAAAAUCCAUUUCCUUCGGAUUAUUUUGCAAUAAAAUCGUUCAUUACGUCAAAGGGGCUUAAUCCUGAAAACACCAUAAAGUUUAAAACCAUUCGAACAGAAGACAUUGCAUUAAUGAUAGAAAAGUACAAACCGGCUAUAAUAUGGCUACCAGGAGUGCAUUCUUAUACAGGACAGACAUUUGACAUGAAAACUAUUACUAAGUUGGGACAUGACUCAGGAGCAAUUGUUGGCUGGGAUUUAGCGCAUGCGGUUGGUAACCUUCAAUUAAAGCUUGAUGAUUGGGGAGUGGACUUUGCAUGUUGGUGUAGCUACAAGUACUUAGGAGCAGGUCCAGGUGGAAUUGGAGGAGUGUACGUCCAUCCGCAGCACUGGGAGCUAAAUUACCUUAAGGGGUGGUGGGGACAGAAGCUGGAAUCGAGAAUGAGGUUAUCAUAUGAAGAUAACUUUCGGCAAGGGGCUUUGGCUCUGCACGUUUCUAAUCCUAGCGUGCUAGACAAUGUCUGUCUUCUUGAGUCAUUAAAAAUGAUUCAAGAAUAUGGCGGUAUGGAAGCCGUUCGGAAGGAGUCCAUACGACUAACUAGCCUGCUUGAAAGGGGACUCAAAACUAUACCUUCUGGUAUCAAUAUAAUCACCCCGAGUGACCCGGAAUCACGAGGCGCACAGAUAACCAUAGAAUUUGACUCAUCGGAGACUUUCAAGAACGCAGUUAAGAGACUUGAAAUUGAAGGGGUUGUGAUUGAUAAGCGUGAUAAAGCAAUUCGUGUAGCACCCUUCCCAUUGUACAAUGAUGAUGAUGAUAUUGACGCGUUUGUUAGCGUUCUGAGAAAGUCGUUAAGUUAAUUUAUACAUAUUUGAGAAUUUUGAUACAACUAAGUUUUGUCACCCAGAACAACCACACGACACGAAUCAGUCAGCAUG